AUGGACGGGAUGAGCAACAGCGGGCUGUCUGAACAUGGGCGCGUGCCCGACAAGUAUCCCGCGCUAGGUACUAUCGCGCCUGUGGCUACUCCGAAGUCAGGAGACUCACCAGAUCUACCUGCAGCAGGGGGAAUAAAUACCGACAUUGUACAGAGACAACUGCUAGAGCCCGAAGGAAACGAUGAGAUAUAUCAUGAACAUGCCAGGGUAUCGGGGAUUUUGGUCCGUAGACAUACCACUAACCAUAAUCCCAUAGAGAUGAACAAGCCAUCAUAUGACUCGAAAGGAUUGAGAGAAUCACUCCAGGAGCGAACUGAGGCAGUUCGUAGUUGGCUAUCCUGGAACUAUUCAAUCGACGCCAUUCUGGCAUCAGGGAAGCCAACGCAGCUGCAUCUCCAGCAUGGCCAAAUGCAUGCAGAGUCCCUCACGCACGACCGAUCUACACCGGGACAGUCAAGGCCGCGUCCAAAAGAUACACUCAUUAAUGGGACCCAAAACCCCAGCAGCGAAACCUCCUCAUCGAGAUCCCAGGCUGAAGACGCCACGGAUAUACACACAUCGAAUAGGACGGGUUUACUCGGCCCUGAGCCAUUUGACGAGAGCGAGAUUGCACGACUGAUGCAUAACUCAUCUGCGGCCUCAACGCGCAACACAGAGAACCGCAUUCCCGGCCUUGCUGAGCCACCACUGCCACCAGGCCUCUCUAAUCCUUAUCUCGAAGAAGACAUCGAACCCAAGGAGGCAGUGGCCUGGCAAAAUGUUCCGCGCGGCCAGGGCGCGCCCAAUGCGACCAAGACCCAGGACAACCUGGAGCUGGUCCUGGGCGAUUGGCGCAGCGUACGCAAGGCCCUGUGCUCGCAGCGAAUGGGCAUCUCCAAGAAGCCGUGGCUGGGGGCGAACUGGGAGUCGUCGGUAAAGCCCCUUAUCGCGGUGGCCCACGAACUUGACGUCCAUGUCGAUGCCUUUCGCCGCUCUCCCUACUGCCCGGAGGGCUUCCGGUUGCGGGCUCCCUACAUGCCAGAAGCGCCUGGGCCGUCGGAACCCAGCGAAACAGACACGAGAACGAUGGGGAAAGCCGACGAGCAAGGCUUUAUUGGGACCUUGAGGAAGGCGAUAUGGACGGUUUACCCCGUCGUCAAGCAGUGUGAGAAGGCAUGGCCGUCAGUUGAGCGCUCAGCGGCUGGAAGUUACCUUCUGUGGGAUGGUAUCGCACAUUUUCAGCAGAUGGCUGAGAGAAAUCGGACGGAUCUCGAAAAACAAACCAGGAUAUUGCGGGCUGUCCUAGAACGGAACGGUGUCAUUCCUGAGGAAACGAGCACCCUGGGAGAGCUCCCAGGCGAUGCGUUUGGCUUCGCCUCCAGCCCAGGGCGCGGUGUGAAGAACGAGGAGUAUCAGAUGCAAGCCGUCAGAAGAACUACCUUCGUAUACGACACCAGGUUAGGUUUUGACCCAACGGCGCUAUGGAAUAUGAUUCCGGCAAGAAACGUGCUCCGAUACCAGAUGCUGAAGAGACGGUUCCGAUCUGUACCGAUCAGCACCUCCGCGCCCGUCACAGUCCUCAAGACACCGCCUGAACCGAAAACAAAAAAGGACGACUUGCUAGUCCGUACUAAACCAGCAAAACAAGGAAAAUCGCUCAAGGCCGGACUGGACGACACGGACCGGGCCCGAAUAAGGGAGGCAAUCGCGGCAUACCAACAGCUGCGCGAGCAGCUCUCAAGCCAGACCGACACCAAUGCAAAUCUCCUGCGCCACAAGAUUAGCACGCGGAUCACGCAGUACGAGGGCCGACUCCGCGGCAGGACGCACAUGAAAAACGGGAUAAAAGUGCAGAUUGACCACCAUGUACAGGUAACGGAGGACAGGCCAUCGAGCGAGACACCGACCUUUGCGGGACCAGGUGAUGUCGAGCGUGGGGGAAACGGGGGGUUCACCGUCCAUCCUCGGCCCGUAGCACGAAGCGUCGCUGCGUUGGGAGAUCGAUCUGAUAUUUCAGAAAGCAGCUCUGACGAGACGCUUGCAGCUGUGUCAGGAGGAGAAGAGCAGUCCAGGCCCCAUGGACCACUCUAUACCUUGCCUAGAGGCGACGUUCAUGUUAGCAAUCAUGACAAUAUGGCUCCGAGACUUGGGUUCUGCCAUAAGAUUAGCAGGUGCCUGGAAAUAAGGGCUCGACGAUAA